CUUCCCUGUCAAUAGAAAGACGUAAGGCGAUCUUAUUUAAGAUCGAGCCUAAAUUAGCUAAUUUAGCUCUGUCAGAAUCUGGUAGUGAGGCACAGGGCCUCCUCUUUGGUGACUCAUUCAUUAAAGACAUGAGCAAAUUUGUGGGAGCAUUCACGGCCCUUGACAAGGCCCAAUCCUCCAUGAAGAGGGUUUUCCACCCUCGUUUUUCUCACAGGGCCGGCAGCUCCAGGGGCCGUCUGUCCGGCCGCUCCUCUUUCCAGACCCGGGGCUCGGGUCGAGGUUCCUACAGCCACCGAUCCUAUUCAGAUAGAUCCUCAUUCCAGGACUCCAGACAACCAAUGGGUUUCUUCCCAUCCCGAGGCGCCCCCAAUCGUAGAGGUUUCCGUGGAAACUACGGCUCCCGCCGCCCUUUUGGUAAGUGUACCACCACUUCUUUUUUCUCCACUUUGUGUAGGGGGCAGACUACGACAUUUUUCUCGUCCUUGGUCCGCCAUCACCACGGACACUUGGGUGCUCUCCACAAUCCUUGGUUUCCAGAUAGAGUUGGUAAGUUUUCCGUUUCUUCCCAACCCCCCCUACCCUAUGGCCACUUCAUCAGAGACCCUCUUCCACAUAGACAGGGAAUUGAUGGACCUACACAGAAAGGAGGCGAUCGAACGUGCUCCAGAUUACUCCGGAGGAGUUCUCAGCACUAUCUUUCUGGUGCACAAGAAGGGCGGCCAGAUGCGCCCAGUCAUCAACCUACGCCCCCUAAACAGGUUUGUGCGAUAUCGACACUUCAAGAUGGAGGGCAUCCAUCUUCUCAGGGAUCUCCUACUAAAAGGAGAUUGGAUGGUGAAACUCGACUUAAAGGACGCGUACCUCACCGUCCCUGUAGAGGAAUCCUCCAGAGACCUGCUUCGCUUCAAAUGGAAGGGAGAAAUUUGGCGUUUCACUUGCCUCCCCUUCGGUCUUUCAUCGGCUCCAUGGUGUUUCACCAAACUCAUGCGGCCGGUGGUAGCAUGGCUCCGCAGUCGAGGAAUUCGACUAAUUAUCUACCUGGACGACAUACUUCUGCUGGCCCAGGACAGACAGACCCUUCUCUCACAUCUGGAACUCACUUCAAGCCUAUUAACCGGAUUGGGAUUCCUCAUCAACUACGACAAGUCCGUUUUGACACCAGCACGGAUAAUGGAAUUCCUAGGGUUUUCCGUGGAUUCGGUAACAGAAACCCUCAGUCUUCCGACGACAAAGAUCAAGGAGAUUCGCAAGGAACUACGCAGAACGCUGGACAUGCCCCGGAUUUCCCUUCGACAUCUGGCUCGAAUCAUCGGUCUUCUAUCGUCCUCCAUCCAGGCCGUUUUUCCAGCUCCUUUACACUACCGAGCCCUACAACGCCUGAAGACGGCGCAUCUUCACAAAGGAGCCACCUACGCGGAUUUUAUUUGUCUGGACGACGAAACUCGGGACGAGAUCCAUUGGUGGAUCGGCAAUCUUCAAGCCUGGAACGGGAAGGCGAUUUGCGGUCCCCGUCCGGAUUUCACAGUAGAGUCGGACGCCAGCCUACUUGGUUGGGGGGCCCACUGCGAGGGCAUUUCGACCGGGGGUCGUUGGUCAGUAGAAGAGUCUCCUUUACACAUCAACGCCUUGGAACUCCUGGCGGGCUCAUUCGCUAUUCGCAGUUUUGCGAAGGACAUGACCAAGGUUUGCAUUCGACUAUGUAUGGACAACGUCUCCGCUGUCCGUUAUGUCAAUGCCAUGGGCGGUACCCAUUCUCCCAUGCUGUCUCAUUUGGCCAGGGAUUUCUGGUCUUUCUGUCUGAAUCGGGAACUUACAGUGGUGGCGGAAUACAUCCCAGGACUACACAACGUUCAGGCGGACUGGAGCUCACGCUAUCUCAAGGAUACCAGCGACUGGAGAUUAGAUGCGCAGGUGUUUUCUACCAUCUCCUCAAUCUGGGGUCCUGCUUGCAUCGAUCUCUUCGCCUCCCGUUUGAACAAACAACUACCGAGGUUCUUCAGUUGGCGCCCGGAUCCAGAAGCGGAGGCUGUAGACGCAUUCCUUCAAGAUUGGUCAGAGGAUCUUCACUACGCGUUUCCGCCGUUCUCAAUGAUUCCGAGAACCCUGAACCAGGUCCGCUCCCAAUCAGCGGAGAUCAUCUUGAUCGUUCCGUUCUGGACCACUCAGUCAUGGUUUCCCAACCUUCUAGAACUUCUCAUCUUCCCUCCUUUUCUUCUACCAGUCUACCCAGAUCUCCUCUUAGGUCCGGAAGACGCUCAACAUCCUCUCCUUCUGGAGGGUUCUCUCCGAUUACUGGCGUGCAGAGUUUCAGGCGUUCCUACCAAGGCUAUGUCCUUUCGGAACCAACUUGGAGAUUACUGGAAGAGUCUUGGGCUCCUGGCACCAGACGGGCUUAUAGAGCGGCCUGGAGAUCUUGGUCUAGUUGGUGCGUGGACCGGGGUCUGGAUCCCGUUUCGGCCACUGUAACAGACAUCUUAAAUUUCCUUACUUCCCUAUUCGACGAUGGUAAGGCUUAUCGGACUAUUAAUCUUUUCAGGUCCGCCAUUUCCUCUUUUCAUCAAGGUUUUGAAGGCCGUCCUUCAGGCCAACACCCUUUAGU